GUAGACCGUAUUGUCAUAGUAACAAUACACUCCUAUUAUGGAGUAGCUUGUUUAUUUCCAAUAAUGAGCUCUACAACACGGACGGGUCUCGUUCCGACCCCCAACAGACAAGUAAAAUUUCUAAAAAGGCGUAAGAAUUAUCAUGCUGAUGAAUCACGGAUGCCUAAAUUUGAGGCGUUUUCUAUGCCACUUUCACUGCGUCCUUUCGGCGGACUGUUCAAUCCUUUUGCCAAGGGCUGUUCCGUCCUGUGCAACCAUCCAGCACCAUCCGGUGUAAAGGAUGUCAUAAAUCAAUUCAAAACAGCUCUGGCCAUCGAAGGGAAAAAUCACCAGAGUCGCAUGGAUAAGCCAAGAAAAGUGUCUAAUGAAAAAAAGUUAGAGUCGCAUGAAACGGACAACAUCCCCGAAGACCUCUUCCGGCGUUAUGCUGAGACGGACUCCCGCCCAAUGACGCCAACUCCAACGGUGACCAGUACCCACACAAGGACCAGUGCCGGUUCUUUUUACCGUCGUUGCAUCACUCCCGAAUGGGGAAAGCACGAGAACAUCAAGAGGAAAAAAAUCAUAUUGGAUCUCAGACGAUCACACUCCCAAGAAACGCUUUACUGGAAGCCCAGCUCCGAGCUUACCCAGAGCGGCUUGGAAGAGGAUAAAAAGCCUAGAAGUGCUGGGGCUAAUGCCAGUGGCAAUGAGAACAUGAAGCCCAGGAGACAGCAACCCAAUGAGCAGCGACCUAAGUCCUCUAUUGCCACUGCCAACCUGGCACCCGGAGGGGAUCCCAUGGGUAGGCUGGACGGCGAGAUCAAGACCUGUAUCAAUGAACACGAAUUAAGCGAUGAUGAUGUGCGCAGGGGAAAAAAACGUAAAAAGUUAAAGCCUUCUCAAGCCACCACCACCUUUCACUUGAGCGAGGAUCCGGAGACACAAGUAGCAGCUCUGGGACCAGACUCGCUCAAUCCCAGCACUAGGCCCAGUCUGAUACCCAAUUCGGUUAAUCUGCUGAUAAAGGAUAAAAGAGAGAGUGAGCGGGGCCCGAUCCUAUUGAAGGGAAGUUUUCUCACAGAUGAAGCCUUUCAGACCUUGAAAACCGAUUUGGAUGUAGAUUUGAUAGAGAAUACUUUUGGCAGAUAUCUCAAUCGUGCUCUCAGAGAAGCCAUCAAGUAUAUGCCCCCCAAACACAAGAUUGUUCAAAAGGCCACUGACGAUAAUCACUCCAAUAAAAGUACGUCCAAGAUGCCACGCAAGUUCUCAAAGUCAGCCACAAGGUUUGAUGUGCCCAUGGAUCUAUCCAUGAUAAACGCGAUGACUCCAUGGGAUUACUUGAGCAAAUAUGUGUGGGUCUCCCAACAGCGGAAGCAGCUCUACAAGCGUGUUUUUCUUAAAUAUUUGAGGCGUUGCGAAGAGCCAGAGAUCAACCGGAAUGUCAUAGGCAUUGAUAAGCUGGCUCUGACUGAAUAUAGGUAUAAGGAGCGCACACUGCUCUGGCAGAGCUUGCCCCAAGCUCUUGAGGAUGUUCUAGAAUUCCACGGCACCGAGCAAAAUGUUUGUAAUACACUCAAUAUGCUGGGGUAUGAUCAGAAAGAAAAUGUUGACUUGGACUUUCGAGCCUGGUGUGGCAUUGUUUCUUUUGCUGAACGAUUGGCGCUGGCCGAUGAGUCAGGAUCGGAUGAUUCAUGCGACGAAUUGGAAAAGGCGGACUUUAACAGUAUGGAACAGAUAGUGAACCUAUUCAAUGUGCCAGAAAAAUUGGUUACAAUAUUUAGCGUAAUUCGCAAAUCGCAUAAGAACAAAUAUUAAAUUUAACGGUCGGAAAGUGCCUGUCGCUUUGCACAUUAACGCGGU